AUGGCGUCUCAAACUUUCUACGGGAGGUCACUGCCUUCGAAGUUGGUUGAUUAUCGGUCUACAGCGUCCAAAAAUCGCCUUUGUCGUUCUUUGCAAUCAGGCCUUGCUGUUCCUUACUUAGCUUUGUCAUCAUGUUUCAAUACUCAGGCCGAGCCCGCCUUUUGUGGGUUAAGUACUUUGGCGAUCAUUCUGAACUCACUUCGCAUCGACCCUCAGCGUGUUUGGAAAACAAUUUGGCGGUGGUAUUCAGAAGAGCUGUUGGAAUGUUGUCGCCCUUUAGAGGACGUGAAAGUUUCGGGGAUCACUUUGGAGGAAUUUGUUUGCUUGGCAGAUUGUAAUGGCGCUAGUACAAGCCUUGUUCGGCCUGUUGAUUCUAAAGAACAGUACCAGGAAUUUGUCCAAACCGUUUAUCGCGUUUGUACCGGUGGACGACUGAAACAAAGCGAUGGGGAGGAAAAUUUCGAUGAAGAAAACCCGGAGGAAUUCAUGGCAAUAUCAUAUUCAAGGAAGACACUUGGACAAACUGGAGAUGGUCAUUUUAGCCCCAUUGCUGCAUUGGAUGUUGAAACUAACUCUGUACUCAUUUUUGAUACAGCAAGGUUUAAAUACCCUCCCACUGGGUACCUCUUGAUCUGUUGUUUCAGUCAAUGUUACCUGUUGAUAAUACUACAGGAAAGAGCCGCGGGUAUGUAG